AUGGCUUGGUUGAAAGGUUUGGCGCAGAAGAAGCCCAAGAGCGAGGCGGUCGUCCAAGCUCAGGAGGAGGCUCCCGACUUUGAGAAGGUCAACUGGGUGAAGGAUCCCGGCCUGCGGAAGCUCUACUUCUUCGCCGUGAUUCUUUGCGUUGCUUCGGCCACAACUGGUUACGAUGGCAUGUUCUUCAACUCAGUCCAAAACUUCAACUCAUGGCAGGAGUUCUUCAACCACCCCAAGUCAGGCGAACUCGGUCUCCUCGCUGCCAUUUACCAAAUCGGCAGUCUGGCCUCGAUGCCCAUUGUGCCCAUAAUCGCCGACAACUUCGGCCGCAAGAUCCCUAUUGUCAUCGGCUGCGUCAUCAUGGUUGCUGGAGCCAUUUUGCAAGGCGCUUGCAAGAACUGGGGCAUGUUCAUGGGCGGUCGCGCUCUCCUCGGUUUCGGCAACUCGUUCGCUCAAGUCGCCUCCCCCAUGCUGCUCGCUGAGCUUUGCCACCCCCAACAUCGCGCCCGCUUCACGACGGUCUACAACUGUCUCUGGAACGUUGGAGCCCUCAUCGUCGCCUGGCUGUCUUUCGGCACCGACUUCCUCGCAAACGAGUGGUCAUGGCGUAUUCCUGCCAUUGGCCAGGCCGUUCCCUCCGUCAUCCAGCUCAUGUUCAUCUUGUGGGUUCCCGAGUCUCCCCGUUACCUCAUCGCGAAGGACCGCCACGAAGACGCCCUGAACAUUCUCGGUAAAUACCACGCCAACGGCGACAACAAUCACCCCACCGUUCAGUUCGAGUUCCGCGAGAUUCGCGAGACUAUCAAGCGCGAGCUUGCCGCCAAGGACACCAGCAGCUACCUCGACUUUUUCCGCACCCCUGGCAAUAGAUACCGCUUCGUCGUCCUUAUUUCCCUCGGUCUUUUCAGCCAGUGGUCUGGAAACGCGAUUAUCUCGAACUACACCGCUGUCCUGUACGCCAACGCCGGCAUCGAGAGCUCCACCGCCAGACUCGGCCUCUCAGCCGGUCAGACCGGUCUCUCCCUCAUCGUCUCCGUCACCCUCGCGCUGCAGGUCGACAGGUUCGGUCGCCGCCCCAUCUUCCUGGCCUCCACGGGCGGCAUGCUCAUGACCUUCGUCUUCUGGACCCUCUCCGCCGGCCUGUACGAGGAGCACGGCUCCCCCGGCUCCAACUACGCCAUGAUCUUCUUCAUCUGGCUCUUCGGCUUCUUCUACGCCUUCGCCUGGUCCGGCCUGCUCAUCGGCUACACCAUCGAGAUCCUGCCCUACAAGCUGCGCGCGAAGGGUCUCAUGUUCGUCAACCUCGUCGUCCAGGCCGCGCUCACCCUCAACAACUACGCCAACCCGGUCGCCUUCGACUUCUUUGAGGGUCACACCUGGAAGCUGUACCUCAUUUACACCUGCUGGAUCUUCCUCGAACUCACCUUCGUCUACCUCUUCUACGUCGAGACAAAGGGCCCCACCCUCGAGGAGCUCGUCAAGGUCAUCGACGGCCCCGACGCCGAGGUCGCCGACGUCGACCUCGCGCAGGUCGAGCAGGAGGUCAAGAUCGGCCACGAAGCCGUGGAGGUGGAGCACAAGCGCGGUUAG